AUGAAGUUUCUCUGCUUGCACGGUGCCAUUGGCAAUGUCGAUAACAUCAGUAUCCAGCUUGCUCCCCUUCAGAAAGACCUAGGACAAGACCAGUCUGCGUCCUUCCAUUACAUCAAUGCGCCCGUCAAGAUCACACCACCAGCAGGAUUCGAGGAAUACUUUGGUGUCGGUCCUCACUAUCGCUGGGCAGACGAUGGCGGUGCUGCCGAAGAUUCUAUGAUCAGCCGCGUUCGACAAAUCCCCGUGGGACAAAAUCCUGAAGAUGUGAUGCGCGACCUGGUGGGCGAUCGCCAAGUUCCCUGGCUCAACUACAAGGGCGUCAUGGAGUAUCUAUACCAAACCCUGGAGGAGAACCCAGACAUUGGAGGUAUUAUCGGCUACAGUGAAGGUGCCUCUAUGGCCGCUACCUUCAUCCUGGAUGAACAACGGCGAUUCGAGGAGGAAGGCCGGGGGGUUCUCCUGGCGGACGAGGUUGAAGAUAUGAUUGACGUCCCCACCCUUCAUGUUGUUGGUGCGAACGAUCCUUUCCGUCAUGGUGCAUAUGCGCUCUACAAUGUUUGCGACCCGGAUACAGCCAUCUUCUUCGAUACGGGGAAGGGCCACACCAUUCCCCGCUCAGGAUUAGUGAUUAACGAAUUGGCCAAUGCGGUUCGUGAUAUUGUUGAGAAGUCUCACGAAGAGGAAUGA